AUGUCUACUGACAGGAUUACCUUUUUGACCAAUUGGCACGCCACUCCAUACCAUAUUCCCCUCUACCUCGCCCACUCCAAGGGAUAUUUCAGGGAUGAGGGUAUCAAGGUUGCUCUUCUGGAGCCCAAUGAUCCGUCUGACGUGACAGAGAUCAUCGGUAGUGGCAAGGUUGACAUGGGUUUCAAGGCCAUGAUUCACACCCUCGCUGCGAAAGCCCGAAACUUCCCCGUUGUUUCCGUUGGAUCUCUUUUGGAUGAGCCAUUUACUGGGAUUGUCUACUUGAAAGACAGUGGCAUCACCACCGACUUUCGCACCCUGAGAGGGAAGCGGAUUGGAUACGUUGGCGAGUUUGGAAAGAUCCAAAUAGACGAGCUCACCAAAUACUACAACAUGUCUGUGACCGACUAUACUGCCGUCCGCUGUGGUAUGAACAUCACCAAGGCGAUUACCAGCGGCGAGAUCGACGCUGGAAUCGGUCUCGAGAAUGUGCAAAUGGUCGAGCUGGAGGAGUGGCUUGCCGACCAGAAUCGUCCUCGAUCCGACGUGCAGAUGCUCCGUAUUGAUCAGCUCGCUGAGCUCGGCUGCUGUUGCUUCUGCUCUAUCCUGUACAUCGGCAAUGAAACAUUUAUCUCUCGGAACCAAGAGCAAGUCGUCAAGUUUCUCACGGCAGUUAAGAAGGCCACUAACUACGUUCUCGCGAACCCCUCGACAGCAUACGAGGAGUACGUGGACUUCAAGCCGAUUAUGGGGACGCCUGUUAACAGGAAGAUUUUCGAACGCUCCUAUCCGUACUUCAGCAAGGAUUUGAAGAAUGUCCAGCGGGAUUGGGAGAAGGUGGCCAACUACGGCAAACGCCUGGGGAUUCUGGACGCAGGUUUCGAACCUAACUACACGAACCGCUUCUUGACCUGGGAUCUCGAGCCGGAAUCUGCCGAUCCCACGGGAGACCAGUGCCGUAUGGCGGACUUGCAGAGGCGAGUUGCCGCCGAGGGAGGAUUCAGGAGACUGGGUGCUGCCACGGUCAGGGCUUGA